UUAAUAAAUAGAGAAUUCAAUAGAAGGGACAAUGCUUUGAAAGACUACAGGAAGCAUCACCACUUCGAAAAGACUGGACAGCCCGUUUGGACAAUUUGAAGUCGGAGCGCUACGACACGGCAUCCUAUCAGCCGUCACGCAACGGGCUCAAGUACGACUGAAGAGACGUCUUUGUCUGAUCUUUUUAUUUAUAUAUUUUUUGUACAUAGUGACUGCUUGUCAUGAAAAACAUGAAUGGGCAAGCUGGCAACUCGAACUUGACAUUCACAGAUGAUGAAUUAGGUUUAAUCAACGAGUACAUAAAUGAGCAGGACAACAGCAUGAGGAUUGGGCCGAAGCUGCUUGACAGCGUCACAAUCUCUAAUGAACCAUCUACUAGAGGGAUUCAGCUUGUCCCGAGGGGCAGUGCACCCUGUGCAUCCAACUUAUUGACACCUGGGAAUUCAUUUAUGCCAUCAGUAUCCAGCAACAUGGCAGCUUCCCCUGUAAGCCCAGCUCACAAUAUCCGGCGACGCCAAGCCCAAGGCAAACCCUCCACACCACAGCUCAUGUCUCGCAGUUCAGCGCCAGUGGCCACGCCAGAAAGCCGAAGGUCAAGCGGAGGCCUGCGGGGCAGUAACAGACAAGGACAGCUUGCAGUAAUGGCAGCAGACGCUCCUGGUGCUGAUCCUAACACUCGCUUUCUGGAGGACUUUCUGGAACAACCCAAACUGGUGAUCACCGAACAACCCAAACAGCGAGGCAUGCGUUUUCGGUAUGAGUGUGAGGGUCGUUCUGCUGGAAGUAUCCUGGGAGAGUCCACCAAUGAGCACAGCAAGACCCUACCCACUAUUGAGGUACAAGGCCACACACAAGCCAUCAAGAAGGUGAAAGUGACUGUCUCCUUAGUGUCCAAGGAAAUUCCUUACCGGCCUCAUCCUCACAGCCUGGUGGGUAAAGACUGCAAUGAAGGAAUCUGCGUUGUGAACAUCAACACUCAGUCCAACAGGAAACACAGCUUUUCAAAUCUGGGUAUCCAGUGUGUGAGAAGAAAAGAAGUCGAUGCAGCUCUGGAAAAACGAAGGAAACAGGGCAUCGACCCCUUUAACACCGGCCAAACGAAAAGCAUUGAAGACGUGGAGAUGAAUGUGGUUCGGCUGUGUUUCCAAGCUGAAGCCAUUUACAACUCUGGGGAUCGAAGAAGUUUGCCAGCGAUUGUCUCCGAACCCAUUUAUGACAAAAAGGCAACAACAACAUCCGAGCUGAAGAUCAACCGCUUAAACAUUGUCCGUGGGCCGUGCUCAGGGAAGACGGAGAUCUAUCUCCUGUGUGACAAAGUGCAGAAAGAUGAUAUUGAGAUUAUUUUCUGCUUAGAUGACUGGGAAGCAAAGGGGGAGUUUGCACAAACUGACGUCCAUCGGCAGAUCGCCAUUGUGUUCAAGUCUCCGCCGUACCAAGACCUUAAUAUAACAGAAGAGGUGGAGGUCAAUGUGGUCCUGAGGCGCGUCUCUGAUCACAUGGACAGUGAACCUGUCAAGUACACCUACCUGCCCCAAGACCCAGACCCCUAUGAUGUUAAGCGGAAGAGGAAGAGGCCACAGCCGCACUUCAAGAUGGAGAUGGACGACCAGCAUGCAGAUCUCAGCCUCACUCUUCCAGAGAAUUCCCUUUUCCCUUCUUGGCCGAUGGACAACCAGUCAAUGGAUCCCCACGCUGACUCUGCUUUCAUGGAUCCCUAUCCUAAUUACCAGUUUGCUGACAGUGACCCCUAUCAAGACGCCGGCUAUCAGAACUUUACUUCGAUGUCUCAGGCCUUGGCAGGGGAAGAGACGGCCUGCUUGAACACGGCAAACUCUGAGAACACGAUGAACAGCACGGCAGAGGCUCUGAGCUUCAGCCUGACGCGACUCGAGCCCCCCGUCGGGGACCUCAUGGACAACGGCUACAUGAUGCCACCUGUCUUCCCAAAUCUCCUCAGCUCUGUUCAUACAAUUAAGCAGGAGCACACUGCAAAUUUAGCAUUUGGUGACCUGACGAAAAUAUGAAGGGAAGACUAAUUUUUUUUUCUUUACGAAAAUGAGCACCUUAUUAUCGUCCAUGGGCUGCCCGGCGCCUUGGCCACGUAGACUGUGCCGCGGUUUGAGCUGUGCAGCUUCCGCUGAGUCUUCAUGCCAUCUGAUUCACACAUUCCUACAAUCAAAUGAUGUAAAUAGAUGGAUUAACACUUCCACGAUUUUACAAAAAUCCAAAAAGAAACUCGAUUGAUGCCUCUUACUCUGAUAUUAGAUUUUUGUUUUGUGCCAAACUACAGAUUCACAAACUGUGGACAUGUGGACGUGCGAAAAGAACAAUCAAAGACUUCACUCCCAUCGGCAGGUCAGCGGGAGUACGAUGGUGUUCAAUUUUCUUUCAUUCUUCAGUUAGGAUUUGUGGUUAAGUUUAUUUUUUAAGUUUAAUUUUUGUUGCACAUACUGUAAAAAAAUAAA